CUACGCGGGUAGAGAGGGAGAGCAAGGGAGAGAGAAAGAGGGAGGGCCUAGAGCUAUUGUUCAUGUAUGCCCACGAACAAAGGGCUUAUCUGGGUCCUUACUUAAAAUCCACCGCAGGCUUGUGUCCACUGACGAGGCCUCAUGAAGGAGAAAACAUUUACCGAAAUCUUACUGUCCGUUUCUUGUAGCGCUGAGAUUUUUUUGUGUUUUCUUAAAAAAAAGUGGGACGAGUUUCGUAUUACGUUACGACAAACCUAGCCAGCCACCGUAGCCGUUUUACGCAAGGAGCGUGCUACAGGGUUCUAUCGUCUUCCUGUAAACAUCAUUCUUUGAUUGGGACUUCUUUUCAGGCUGUUCCUCCAAGUCCUUCAAGCUGUACUCCCCCAAGGAGCCCCCCAACGGUAGCGCCUUUCCGCCCUUCCACCCCGGCACCAUGCUGGAUAGAGACGUGGGCCCAACUCCCAUGUACCCCCCCACAUACCUGGAGUCUGGAAUAGGGAGACACACGCCGUACGGGAACCAGACGGACUACAGGUUAUUCGAGCUCAACAAACGGCUACAGAACUGGACGGAGGAGUGCGACAAUCUGUGGUGGGAUGCGUUCACCACGGAGUUCUUCGAGGACGAUGCCAUGUUGACCAUAACGUUCUGCCUAGAAGACGGGCCCAAGAGAUACACAAUUGGCCGGACGUUGAUCCCGCGCUACUUCCGGAGUAUUUUUGAGGGGGGCGCCACCGAGCUGUACUACGUGUUGAAGCACCCCAAAGAGUCCUUCCACAACAACUUUGUCUCGCUGGACUGUGACCAGUGUACCAUGGUCACGCAGAACGGAAAGCCCAUGUUCACACAGGUGUGCGUGGAGGGUCGUCUCUACCUGGAGUUCAUGUUCGACGACAUGAUGCGGAUAAAGACGUGGCACUUCAGCAUCCGGCAGCACCGCGAACUGAUACCGCGCAGCAUCCUGGCCAUGCACGCCCAGGACCCCCAGAUGCUGGACCAGCUGUCUAAGAACAUCACCAGAUGUGGUCUGUCCAACUCCACGCUCAACUACCUCAGACUGUGUGUCAUUCUGGAGCCCAUGCAGGAGUUGAUGUCCAGACACAAGACGUACAGCCUCAGUCCCCGGGACUGUCUGAAGACCUGCCUCUUCCAGAAGUGGCAACGCAUGGUGGCGCCGCCAGCUGAACCAACCAGACAGGCCCCGAACAAGAGGAGGAAGAGGAAGAUGUCAGGCGGAAGCACCAUGAGCGCCGGAGGAGGAACCAACAACAACAGCAACAGCAAGAAGAAGAGUCCGGCCAGCAGCUUCCCCCUGUCCAGCCAAGUCCCGGACGUUAUGGUGGUGGGAGAGCCCACACUGAUGGGCGGGGAGUUCGGCGACGAGGACGAGCGGCUGAUCACGCGGCUGGAGAACCAGCAGUUCGACGCGGCCAACGGCAUCGAUGACGAGGACAGCUUCAACAACAGCCCGGCGCUGGGGGCCAACUCACCCUGGAACAACAAGGCCCCCUCCAGCCAGGAGAGCAAGAGUGACAACCCCACGUCACAGGCCUCGCAGUAGGCCUGGGGACAGGGCCUCUGUAGUCUGGGGUGGGGGCUGGGGGG